CUAUUUUGUAAAUAUUUCAUGCUCAAUUUAUUGUUGAACCGGAAAAAAAUUCUCUAGAAAACUUUUAGAUUUCAGUUUUUAAAGCAGAUUUAGUUUUUUGGCUGUGGAGUCGAGGAUUUGCUACAGAAAGUUUGGACAGACGUUUCCCAGCCUGGUGAAGGAAACGACGUAGAUCUGCGGCUGAGAAACGAUUCAUUCGUCUGAUGAACAUCAACUGAAGGUGAAACGUCUGUUUUUCCCCCCAGGUUCUUCCGGGGCGACUACACGGUGGAGGUGGCGAUCAACGACUACCUGGACAUCUACUGCCCGCACUACGAGGCGCCGGAGCCGGCGGAGCGCAUGGAGCACUACAUCCUGUACAUGGUGAACUACGACGGCUACAUGAGCUGCAGCCACUACCGCAACGGCUUCAAGCGCUGGGAGUGCAACCGGCCGCAGAGCCCCAACGGGCCGCUCAAGUUCUCCGAGAAGUUCCAGCUCUUCACGCCCUUCAGCCUGGGCUUCGAGUUCAGGCCGGGACACGAAUACUACUACAUCUCGUCUCCACAUCCCAACCUGGCUGGGAAGCCGUGCCUGAAGCUGAAAAUCUACGUCAAACCGAGCAACGACUCCAUCUAUGAAUCUCCAGAGCCCUUCCUGACGGACGACACCACCGGCGGCAGCAGCCUGGCUCUGCCGUCCGCCAUAUUGCUCUCCCUCCUCCUCAUCCUGCUCCUCGCCUCCUCGUAGCACCUCCUCCUCUCCCUCCUGCUGCUGCCGGGACAGAUUUGGGGAGCGAGCGCAGCUCCCGCUCCCUGACCUCUGACCUUUUUCUGGACGUGGAUGAGGAGUCGGAGACCGGCAGCGGGAGGAACUGCGUCUGGAGUUUUUAAAAACUUUUCUUUUAAAAAAGCAAAAACUCUGUUUCAGAUCUGAACGCUGAGGCUCCACUGACCUCCAUGUUCACAGCUGGCUGGAUUUUAUGCAUUUCAGGAAACUCUUUAAAAAAAAUCCAUUCAUUUUUGAAAAUAUCAUUUUGUUCAUUUUCAAGUUGAUGCCAAAGUUUUGUACAUCCGUUCUAUAAGCCCCGCUAAGGACAUACAAGUCGUUACUCUCCUAAAAUACAAUACAUUUUGAAACGUU